AUGGUGCCCAGGGCUUACAACCAGGUGCUGUCCGUGGCUGUCCUCCUUGCCAUUCCUGCCUCCGAGCUGGCCGAACGCCUGGCCGACCAGUUCGCCAGCAGAGAGGUCGCCCAGCUAGCCACAACACCUCCUCCAGCCGCUCUCCCGUGUCCAGCCUCCUGCCAUCAUCCCGGAUGGGUGGAUGCACAAGUCAAGGAACUGUGCAACGAGCCCAUCCGGAUGCACGAACUCGUGGCAGCCCUCGAUGGAUGCAAGCGACGCAGCGCCCCAGGAGCACACGGCAUCACCUUCCAGAUGCUCCGUAACCUGGAGGAAGGAGGGCGUCAACGUCUCCUGGGGCUCUACAACGACGUCUGGAAUACCGGGGAGCUCCCGGAGUACUGGCAAACUGCGGUGGUGGCACCCAUCCUGAAGCCCCGGAGGAAGGCCACGGCGCUCUCCUCGUACAGGCCAGUAUCGCUCACCUCAGCAGCGUGCAAGGUGCUGGAGAGGGUGGCACUGGAGAGAAUGCAGUGGAUCGCCGACCAAAUGGAUUUCUUCCCGGAGCAACAGACUGGCUUCAGGAGACACCGGUGCACUGCCGACUCCAUUGCAGACGUCGUCGCCACCCUGGAGGAUGCCAAGAGCUGCGGGGACGUGGCUAUGCUGCUGCUGCUGGACGUGGAGAGCGCCUUCGACGGUAUCCCGCACGUUGUCGUCAAGGCGGCCAUGGACCGGCUUGGCAUCAGCGGGUGCCUCCGAGGCUUCGUUUCCGCCUUCCUGUCCGGGAGGACCUUCUGCGUCCGUGUUGGAGGGGUGACCAGCCAGCCUAGGGACAUCACUACCGGUGUCCCACAAGGUUCUGUGCUAAGUCCUUUUCUCUUCAACAUGGCGCUGGCAGGACUUCCAGCCUCCCUCCCGACAGACACCAGGUUCCCGGCCCGCUGCUCCGUCUACGCUGAUGACGUGGCACUGUGGGCAAGGGGACCAAGGCGGUCCAUUCCUGCCAUCAGGAGGUCACUGCAGGCAGCCCUGGAUGCAGUGAUCUCCUUCCUCGGAGGCACCGGCCUCAAAGUCUCUGCCACCAAGACCGAGGCCCUGCUGAUCCAUCCACUCGCUGCGGCACGGGUCUACGUGAAGCCACUGAGGGUCGGCAGCCGCAGUCUCCCCUGGAGAAAGGAGGUGAGGUACCUGGGCCUCACUGUCGACCACUGGCUCACCUGGAUCCCCGCUGCGAAGGCCGCCGCCACCAAGGUCCGACGAGUUCAAGGGGCCAUCGGCAAACUGCAGCAGCGUGGCCGUGGAUGCUCCACGAAGUGGGCACUGCGGCUCAACCAGGCCGCGGCGUCCUCCGUGCUGCCGUAUGCCCUGCCGCUGGUCAACCUGACGCCAGCCAGGAGAUGCCUGCUGGAGGGACUGCACAGAGGAGCCGUGAGGACCAUCCUAGGGCUCCCCAGGUGCUCUCCUGUUGCAGCGACGCUUGCGGAGGCGAGAGAGUGGCCCCUGACGCUACGCAUGCUCCAGCGAGCGUUGGGGCACAUCGACCGCCUCCACCGUGCCGCGGACGGUGCAGCCCUUCUGGAACGCUUGCGCAGCCUGCUAGGAUCCAGGAUGGGAGGACUCCUCCCAUUGUACCACCAGGUGGUACCAGAUCCACCAGCCCCUGUUGCCUCUCCGCCGCCACACCACCGGCCCCCUGAGGUGCACCUCUACCUGGCCGGGGCAAAGAAGCGACGAACUCCUGCAGCAGCACUGCAGCAGGCAGCCUCCUGCAAGCUCCAGGAGCAACUAGAGGGUCGGCUGCAGGUUUUCACGGAUGGAUCCGUGAUGCCAGAUGGGAUUGCAGCGGCGGCUUGCGUCGUCCCUGCACGGACCAGCAGCAGGCAGUGUAAGCUGCCUUUCCCGGCCAGUUCAACGGCGGCAGAGCUGGCCGGACUCCACCUGGCAGCUGACCUACUGGCAGAGGACAUCCCAUCAGAGCCUGUCGCCGUCCUCUGUGACAGCAAGGCAGCACUACAGAUCCUGGCCAACCAUCGAGACACCGGACUGACCGGAAGCCUCCUGGCGGCCAAGUACCGUGCCCUUGCUGCAUCUGGUGCGUCCGUCUCCUUCCACUGGCUGCCCUCCCAUGUGGGCAUAGCUGGUAACGAGGAGGCAGACGCGCUUGCCAAGGCAGCACACCAGCCUGGAACACCCAUCACCCGGGCCGUCGCGGCUAGGGACUACACGCAGGCCCGUCUCAAGAAGCUCCUGGUCACGGUCCACCCAGACUCAAGGGUGGCCAGUGGACGAGGGCCAAAGCUGCUACAAGAGACGGGCCUCACCAGGAGAGAUCGGUCUGCCCUGCUGCGCCUGCGGACCGGCUGUGUGUGGACCGCUGCCCGCCGACAUGCGAAGGGUCUCUGCGCCUCCCCAGCCUGCAGCCGCUGCGGCGAUCCUGAGACCCUCGAGCACCUCCUCUGUGCCUGUCCUGGCUUCGAACAGGAACGCUCGAGGGUCACUACGGCCUACCGGAGCCAGGGCGUACCUGCCUCCACACUCGAACACCUGCUCUUCCCGUCGCGUCCCCACCUGCCAGCACUCCGGAGCCUGGUGGAGUUCCUGGACGAAACGGGAAUAGCCGCCUACAGAUGA